ACAAAUGAAACUCAGUCGGAAAAUAACAUCGUAAGCGAAAGGAUCAAAAUGGGAAGAUAGUGUGUCGUAAACCUAAUUAAUUCUUUUCUUUGUGCCUGAUAUAAAUCACAGUGACCGGCCGUUUCAAAACCGUGGACGUCUUCUUUUCACCAUCCGAAAGCCAGGGAAAUACUUGUACUUGUACUUUUUGUAAAAUCGAACCAGAAUAAUUGUCGAGAUGGUCGAGAAAAAAAUAAUAGAGGAAAACGAGCAUCAUUACGAAUCGGAGACGAGCGGUGGCUGCAUCAAUGGAGGCAGUAUGGGUGAAGGUUUGGGGGGUGGAAGCGCCUCAGACAGUGGGGACCAAAUGGACGCUGAUACCAGGGUGAGAGAAUUGGAACGCAGAAAGGAGGAAGCUAAGAAGAAGAGGAGGAGAAAGAAGCGUACCGGUUCUUCCAUCGUUUCAUCGUGCUUUCAAGAUCUUUACAAACUAACUGGUGAAGUAUUAGGAGAAGGAGCUUAUGCGAGUGUUCAAACUUGUGUCAACAUCUACACCGGUGUCGAGUGUGCAGUCAAGGUGAUUGACAAGGUACCAGGUCAUGCUCGAGCCAGGGUGUUUCGUGAAGUUGAAACCUUCCACCAUUGCCAAAGUCAUCCGAAUAUCAUACAACUCACAGAAUUCUUUGAGGACGAAGAAAAGUUUUACUUGGUUUUUGAAAAGAUUAAUGGGGGACAGCUUUUGGGCAGGAUUCAAGAGCACAGAUAUUUCAGUGAGGCAGCCGCUGCAGAGAUAGUUAGGGAGAUUGCAUCGGCCCUGCGAUUCAUGCACGCCAAGGGAAUCGCGCACAGGGACCUCAAACCAGAGAACAUCUUAUGCGUGCACCAAGAUCGUCUUUGUCCUAUCAAAAUUUGCGAUUUGGAUUUGGGCUCAGGCAUCCGUUUUCAAUCCAGUUUUUCUAGUCCGUUGGCCACACCACAACUGAGAACUCCGGUCGGAAGCGCAGAAUUCAUGGCUCCCGAGGUCGUGGAGGCAUUCAUUGGAGAAAACGAUUCAACUGUUUACGAUAAACGCUGUGAUCUGUGGUCACUAGGCGUAAUAACUUACAUCUUGCUCUGUGGUUACCCGCCGUUCUCUGGGAAGUGCGGCAGGGAUUGCGGCUGGGAACGCGGCGAGAACUGUGGUGCUUGCCAGGAAUUGCUCUUCCAUAGCAUUCAGGAAGGGCAUUAUGAUUUCCCAGAGAGCGACUGGAGAGACAUUUCAGAAGAAGCUAAGGAUCUUAUAAGAUCGCUGUUGGUGAAGUGCGCAUACAAGCGAAUCAGCGCAGAGCGCGUUUUGGAACACCCGUGGUUGAAGUUCGCCAGCGAGACAGCGGCACUCACCACGCCAGCAGUGAUAAAAAAGAACAACUCCGCGCUAGAGUUAUCUCAUUUCGCGGAGUCCGCAAUGGCUGUGAACAGAGUGGUGCAACAGCACUUCAGCAUGAAUUUGGGCUACUUGGAACGGCCAAGCGUAUGCAGGAGGGACGCGAGUCCCUGUUCUGCCCAUCUUUUCGGUCUUAGUCCACCGAGCGAGAGUCAUCUGAUGCAGAGACGUAGACGGGGCGGUUCUUGUCAGUACAAGACCCACGCUUCCUUGGCAACCCCUCAGCCGAUCUCCAGUCCAAGUGGUUAAAAUUGUGUUGGUAAUCAACGUCACCAGAAUUUUUAUUAUCAUAUUGUCAUUGAACUAUCUUUUCUUUUUUGGAAGGAAAUUCUUAUUUGGAGUCUUUGGAAUAGUUAAA